CACGAUGGCACUUGCGAAACUGUACGUGGAGCUUCUGAGUUUCGCUUGCCUUUUAGCAGCCAUCCACGGGGUCAACGGGAGAGCGGUGAACCAGUUUCCCGAAGAUUUCCUAUUAGGAGCAGCCACGGCCUCCUACCAGAUAGAGGGCGCCUGGAACGAAGAUGGCAAAGGAGAGAACAUAUGGGACCACAUGCUGCACGAACAUCCAGAGUACGGCAACAACGGGGAGAAUGGAGACGUGGCCUGUGACUCGUACCACAAGUAUGCCGAGGACGUGCAGGCUCUCAAGGAUCUGGGGAGCCAGGUCUACCGUUUCUCCAUCUCAUGGUCUCGUAUACUGCCUACUGGGGACCUGGACGUGAUUAAUCAGGCAGGGAUUGAUUACUACAACAAUCUCAUCAAUCUGUUGCUGGAGAAUGGCAUCGAGCCAAUGGUGACGAUGUACCAUUGGGACCUUCCACAAGCCCUGCAGUACUUAGGAGGCUGGCCCAACCCCAUCCUCGCGGACUACUUCCUCGAAUACGCCAGGGUGCUCUUUGACAACUUCGGCGACAGGGUGAAGUGGUGGCUGACGUUCAACGAGCCGUACACUUUCACCCGCGGCUACGCCUCCAGCGGCAGUCAGGCACCUUCACAGAACGCUCCGGGCAUCGGCGACUACCUGGCGGCGCACACCGUCAUCAGGGCACACGGCAUGGUUUACCGCCUCUACGACGAGCAGUACCGCCCCACGCAGAACGGUAAAAUCAGUAUCACGCUGAACUGUGACUGGUUCGAACCGUACAAUGACCUGGAAGAGACUCUGGAGGCUCAGGAACGUAUGUUCCAGUUCCAGCUGGGUCUGUACGCGAACCCUAUAUACGUGGACGGCGACUACCCAGCCGUGGUGCGGGAACGUGUGGACAACAACAGCAGAGCCGAGGGUCGACCCAGGUCUCGGCUGCCCAGCUUCACAGAGGAGGAGAAGCGGAUGAUCAACGGGUCUGCGGAUUUCUUCGGGCUGAAUUCGUACACAACAAUGCUAGUGAUAUCUGCAGCUUUGGGUCACUCGCCGUCAAUGGAUCUUGACUGUGGUGUUCUGCGGAUAAUCAACUUCACCUGGCCCAGCAGCUCCGCCAUCUGGCUCAAGGUUGUGCCGUGGGGUUUCCGUAAUAUUGUGAACUGGGUGUCCUCGAGAUAUGCUAACUACCCAAUCUUUAUCGCGGAGAACGGGUACGCUGAUACGGGAGAACUCGACGAUGAAGGACGCAUAAGCUAUUAUGGCCAAUACCUCGCAGAGCUGUUGAAAGCUAUUAACGAAGACGGGGCAAACGUAAUAGGAUAUACGGCUUGGAGCCUGCUGGAUAACUUCGAAUGGAAUUCUGGUUACAGCCAGAAGUUCGGAAUUUAUCAAGUGGAUUUCAACAGCACUGAACGGAAGAGGACACCCAAGGCAUCAACAAACUUCCUUGCUAAUAUUUACAAGAACAUGAGUGUACCAGAAGAAUAUUUCCAGUCAUUUUAAAACUGUAAAUACAUCUCUGGUAAAUAUUUGAAACAUCUAUGUCUAAUUUUUCAUUUUGAACAACACACGAGUCUCAGGAGAACUUGGUUAUGUAUAUGAUAUUAAUUAACAGUACUGAAGCGCUUUUGUAACCAGUAUUACAUAACUGUUUUCGUCAGUAAAAA